GCAGGCUUGGGAGUGAGUGCGAUUAAGAUAACAACAUAUUAGAGAGAGAGUGUGUGUGUGUAAUAUUCUUCUCAAAAGGUUAAAAAAUUCAAAGAUGGUAAAAAAGAAAAGAGGGGAAAAAAAAACUACUUGCAUUAUUACAUCAGCACAAAUUCAAGUGUACUUUAAUUCCUUUCAUGUAAUGUGACCGUUUUAUAAGGAUCCGCUUUUCUCGCUUCUUCACCUGCAUAUAUCCUAUCCCACGAGCCUUUUUAGAUUAUCUUGCCAAGACCUCAAACACUACACAAAAAGUGUGUGCGAGUGUGUGAGUGUCUGAGACUUAUUGUUAUAUAUGUCAUUUUCAUUCUGAUUUUAUCACUUUCACCACCCCUUUAUACAUAUCAUCUUUCUUAUUUCCAAACUUCAGUAUACCAAUUAUGGGCAAGGAGUGGAAUUGGGGUGGAAGGUCCUCCAAGAGAGGUGCACAAGCUGAAACACAAAUCUCUUCUGGUUGCAUGUGUGCACUCUUUCAGGCCUUUGAUUUUCAUCCAUUUCACUUUUCCAUAAACCACCAACAACCCUCUCGCACCUCACAAGACCACACUCUCCCCAAAGUUUUGUAUUCUUCAGGAGUUGAAGCACAAAGGAAUAGCUUGGAAUCAGAAGAUGGUACGCUGUCAUCAAUCUCAAAAGAAGAAAACUUUAAAAUACCUAAGAACAUUCGAAUCAAAACAAGUGCGAGCACAAGAUCAAGAACAGGAAGCUUUAGUGAUCUUUCAUCAGAAAUCAGUGCUUCUCCGGGGACCAAGACACCAACUUUGGUUGCAAGACUAAUGGGUCUUGAUCUUCUUCCGGAUGCACAUUCCUCUUCUUCCCCAACCCUUUCCACUCCAAACCAACAAGGUCAUAGGCCACGCCAACACAUCAAAAUAAUCAAACACAGAAACAGCACAGGCAGUGACAACUUGCCUGAGACUCCUAGAAUGUCCUCUGCCAGAAGAUCAGAUGUUGAGCAUCGACUCUCUCUCCAAAUCAACAAGGAGAACACACUCCCUUGGGAGGAUUUUGAGGCUCCUCGGUUCUCAUUUUCAAAGAGGAAAUACUAUGAUGAGAACAAUAGCAGGAGUCCAAGCCACUACGCCAGGCAAAUUGUGAAACAGGUUAAGGAAAGUGUGAGCAGGAAGGUUGGACUUGACAUCACCAACACUGUCAAGAACAGAGAACAAGGAAGAGAAGAAUUUGUUGGCCAAUUCAAACUGAAGAAACACCCCAAAACAUCAGUGAAUGAAUCCAGCCCUGGAAAACACUCAAACACAUCUUACUCCCCAAGGCUAAGCAGAUUUAUUGAUGCCAAACACAAGCCAAGCACCACCGUUACACAAUCAUCACCAAUUACUCCAAAAAAUCAAAACACACACACAGUGGUGAAACCACCAUCACCUCCACCUGUGGUCAACAUUGAAACGCAGCUUUCAAGAGUUUCUACAAAACCAAAGCCUCAAGCAUUGGCCGAGAACCAAAAAUCAGUCACAAAAUGCAAGAAAAGUACCCCCGGAAAAAUGAGUUCCCGAGUGAACAAACCACCACAGACAUCAAUCAGAAACAAGCAAGAAGAGUCAUUUAUUAUUCGUCCCACAUCAGCCACUAAAGCCAAUGACAUCAAAACCAAAAGCAAGAGAACUCAUCCACUUUCAACCAAUCUUCUUGAUAACCUCAAUACGGUCCCAAAUCUUCUCCCUGUCAAAACAGGCUCUUCUCCUCAAAAACAGUUACAGGUAGGUGAUGCAAUUGCAAAGCGCAGCACACAGUUAUUUAGUUGUUCGCGCCCCACGUACAAGCAGGAAGCGCCACAAACACACCGAACCCGAGGAGGAGCCACCAUCGAUGACGACAAAUCUCACGGCACCUUCGCCGCCACCACCACCGCCGCACACGACCAAGGAGCAGAAUAUCAUUACAUCACAACCAUUCUCACACGUACUACUGGGGCCCAGGCGACGCUACCCCACCUCCAAUUUCAAUGGUUCUCUCCCACCCACCCUUUGGACCCUUCAGUUUUUCACCGUCUUGAGCACUACCCAACACCCAAUUCCUUUGUUUCCUUCCCCGGCGACAACAAAGAUUGCGUCUUUGCGCAGAAACAGCCUCUGGGUCCACGCUGCAACCGCAGAUUGCUCUUCGAUUUGGUCGACGAGUUGCUGUCGGAGAUUCUGGCUCGGCCCAAGCGUUACAGAGGGACGCUGUCGGAGAGCGUGUGGGAGAGGGUUCGGAGGUUCCCACGUGCGAAGUGCGAGGUUUUGGAGGACAUUGACGCGCUGAUAGAGAUGGAGGAGAUGAGGGAGGAAGAGGAAGGGGAGGGGUUGGUGGCGGAGAUUGAAAGGAACAUAGCGGAGACGCUGCUACAUGAAACGUUUACCGUUAUGGUCGCUACGUAGACGAAAAUGGGGGUCACGUGAUCAUGGUCGUGGCUCCCACUACUUUUCACCUCACACGUGCUUUUAUUUUAUAUAACUCGACAUUUUUUCUUUCUUGCACCCUCUCGCUCUUCUAGGUUGUGUAUAUUGUAAAAUUCCUUCCUUCUUAUUCAUAUUAUUAGUGGAUAGCUUCAGGAAAUUUAACAAAGUUAAGGAAUUUUGCUUUA